CUGUCUGAUCACAUAGUUUAUGGUUCAUAGUCAAUCUGCUCUGUGCGUCCGCCGUGAUUUUUGUAAUAAUACGAGAUGAGAAUCUUAUUUUAAUUGUAUUGGAAGAUUUCGCGCGAGACGUGUAUAUGUUUACGGAAUCAAACAAGAAGUCUAGGAUAGUUUUAUUCCUUUUUCUUUUCUAAAAGUUACGAGAAUAGCAGUGAUUUAAUAGUGAAAAUGACAUGAAUUCAUGCUGUGCGCGUUUCGAUAUAAAGGUGGGAGGGGGAGGAAGAGAGAUGUGUCGGUGGAUGAAUUACUACAAUUUGCUUAAUAGCUAAUAGACUCAAAAUUACUGGUAUGCUUUUACGAUCCAUUCACGAUGUCCGCAUAUGUGACGAUACUGCCAUACCUUUUCCUAGGAUUAUUAGGAGUUGCAUUAGGACAUGAUGUUAAAGGUUCUAAAUUUUGUGAAUUUUAUAAUGAAACUAUGUGCACAGAAAGUCAACAAGGUUGUUCAGGAAAAGAGGAAUGUGGUCCACAUGACCCAGAUAAGCGUAAUCAUUGUUAUGUGCUAUGGUAUAUUGACAGUGUAACCAAAAAAUCUAUAAUUAAAUUGAAGGGUUGUUUCUUAGAUAGUAAAGAAUGUUAUGACAAACCAAAAUGUGUUGAAGAAAAUGCAGACCGGCAAAAGAAAUUAUUUUUCUGUUGCUGCGAUGGUAAUAUGUGCAACCAAAAUUUCACUUGGGAUCCACAACCUACUCAACCUCCUCCUGUUGAUCACGGAUAUAAACCAGUUCCAAAUACUGAACAACAAGUAAUAACACUUGUUUUAUCCAUAUCAAUUCCUAUUCUCAUUCUUGCAUUAACUUUACCCAUUCUGUAUUGGUGCUAUCGUCGUAAAAAAUUGGGAUACUUUAAUGAGGUGCCAACGUUAGAACCAUUACCUUUACCUCAGCCAUCUCCUAAUUUAGGAUUACGCCCAAUUCAACUUCUCGAAAUUAAAGCUCGAGGACGAUUUGGAGCUGUGUGGAAAGCACAGUUGAAAAAUGAUAUUGUGGCUGUAAAAGUUUUUCCUAUACAAGAUAAACAAUCUUGGCAAACGGAACAAGAAAUAUUUAGACUUGCACACAUGGAUCAUGAGGAUAUAUUGCGUUUUAUAGGUGUUGAGAAAAGAGGAGAUAAUUUGCAAGCAGAGUUUUGGUUAAUAACUGCAUACCAUGAAAAAGGUUCUUUAUGCGACUAUCUAAAAGCUAAUGUUGUAACAUGGCCUGAAAUGUGUAGAAUUGCAGAAUCUAUGGCUCGAGGAUUAAUGCAUCUGCAUGAGGAGAUACCAGCUAAUAAAGUUGAUGGCUAUAAACCAGCUGUUGCUCACAGAGACUUCAAAUCUAAGAAUGUGCUUCUCAAAGCAGAUAUGAAUGCUUGUAUAGCCGACUUUGGCUUAGCAUUAAUAUUUCAUCCUGGAAAGCCUUGUGGUGACACACAUGGGCAGGUUGGAACAAGAAGGUAUAUGGCUCCCGAAGUUUUAGAAGGAGCUAUCAAUUUCACAAGGGAUUCAUUUUUGCGAAUUGACAUGUAUGCAUGUGGACUCGUAUUGUGGGAGUUGGCUUCACGAUGUACUGUACAAGAUGGACCAAUUGGAGAAUAUAGACUACCAUUUGAAGAUGAAGUUGGUCUUCAUCCUACAUUAGAAGACAUGCAAGAAAGUGUGGUACAUAAAAAAGAAAGGCCACUUAUUUUAGAAACAUGGCGUAAACAUCCGGGACUUUUAUCAAUUUGUGAUACGAUGGAGGAAUGUUGGGAUCAUGAUGCCGAAGCGCGUCUUUCGGCUUCGUGUGUAAUGGAGCGAGUGGCUACAUUGAGUAGGACACUUGUUUUAAAUUCAUCUACAUUAAUUCGCGUUGAUAAUACCAACGAGUCUAUCAGCACUAAGGAGUCUAGUAUGUAGUUAGUAUAUAUGUAUUAUAGUUUUAGUUAAAUUGCACAACCAUUUCCUGUAUCAUAAUUUUUUCAUGUACAUAUGUGAGAAAUGCCAGAACAUCAAAUGCAUGAGCAUUUUAAUCAUCAGAAUUUAUGAUUAUAUUAUUUUUGUAUCUAUUAGAUUUCUAACUUUUUAAACUAGAAUAUAGAUUUAGAUCAUAAUUUAUAAUUUAUUAUAGUAAGAUUUAUUGAUAAAUGAGUAUAUAGAAAUUAACAGCUUUUGAAUCGUUAGUUUUUCCACAGUUUUUACCUAAUUUGGCUGUGCUGACUUUAUAAUGUUUUUUUUUUUAUUGCAUGCAGCUUGAUUAUAUAUUAGAAUCUACAUUGCAAAAUAUAUGGAGAAUAAUUUUUUUCUUUCUGUUUGUACAAUGGAUUUAUUGUUUUAUUCUGAAUAAUUAUGUAUUUAACAGUAUUUUCAGCAUACAUUUUACACUUAAAUCUGUGAAAUACAUAAAAUAACAAAACUGUUGAUUGCUUGUACAUAUAGAAGAGUGGUACAUACAUUGAAACAAAUGCAUAGUUGUGCCUGUAUAAUCAAACAUUGUCUUUACUCCGUAAUGUUAUUUGUACCUAUUUUAUAAACCAAUUUUUUUUUCUUUUUUUUUUUAAAGACAUCUUAAUAGAAAUAUAUCAGAGUCUUUUCUGUUAUUAUUUAUACAAGUAUGUUCAGAUAUGUACAAGAUUUAUUUAAUAAAUACUUUAGAUGCAAUCUACAGAGAUUAAUUGUAUUUAGAGAUUAAUUAAAUCUUUCUUUCAAUUGUAUUAUAAAAAUGAAUCAUUUUGCACUACAAUAGUUAAUCUGCUUUUGAAAAAUAAUUUUUUCAAAAUGUAAGAUUUAAAGAUUUUAUAUGAAGUUUAAAGAUAGAUAUAUUAAUAUAAUCUAUAGACUAUAAUUGAAGUAUAUUAUUUAUUUUAGUAUAUAAUAUAAUAUAUUCAAUGUGAUAUAUAUUCUUGACUCUGAUAUGUUUUUAUUUAUAGCUCAACUUAUUCAUUAAAAAACCGAUUCAUAGUAAUUGCUAUGAAUUUAAAUGCCAAAUAUUCCACUAAUUUAAAUCGAUUAUUCGCUAUAAAACAUCGUUUAUAAGGUAUUAUUCAGGAUAUAUUUGUAAAGUCAGAUUUUAUAUUUAGUGUACAAAUUACAUCAGUACAGGUGCAACAGAACUGCAUUGUAUAUCUUAAUAAACAUUUUUCAGUUUAAUAAUGAAUUUAAGUACAAGACUUUUAUUACAUAGUGUACUAUAUAUGAUUAUAUUUGGAACAAAAAUGAGGAUAACUGAUCAAAUGCAUGAUUUCAUAAAAUAUCUAUUAUGAAAUAUUGUGAGCAUCAUAAGACAAAAUUUUUCAUAUGCUAAAAAUUAAAAAAGAUUAUUUGGGUAUUUGUAGCUUUACUAAUUUAUGUUUUGUAACCCCUGCAUCAGAAUCAAACAUUUCUUGAUGCUUAUCAAAAUUUAACAAAACUAAAGUUGUUACAGAGUGUGUAUUAUGAUGCGCUUGAUUAUACUCAUUGCUGUAGAUAUAACAUUAAUACUCUGAGAUAUUUGGAGGACAAAAAUGUUUGAAAUCAUGGAUUUAUAUAAGAUAUUAAAAGAUAUUAAUGAAUUUAUAUUAAGAUAUGCAAAAACAUAAUAAAAAAUUGAUUUUUAGUUUUAUUGUUUUUUAAUGUUUUUCGUUUAUAAGUUGAUUUUUGGAUUUAUUAAUUGAUUAUUCUGCAAGAAAAAGUAUAUUUUAUGAAGGCAAGUCAAUUAGAUAUUCACUACUUAGACAUAAUAGAGAAGAAGAUUGUAAUACUUUUUUUUUAAUUACAGAAAUUAUUCAUAAAAACGAUGAAUUUACUAAUACACGAAUAUAAUGUAAUUAUAACACAAUUUUUUACGCUUACACCAAAUGGAUUCAUUAAUAUAACAUAACAUAUAUCAAUAAGUUCAAUGAAAAACUUCGUUUUUAUCUCCAAAUUAUCUGAAGAGCAGCUGUAUAAAACUGUACAUGAUAUGGCAUCUAUAAUGUGAGGAAAAUUUUAAUGCAGAAAUAUGUUAAAUGACUUUUAUGAAAUAACACGCAAAUAUUGUACCAGUAAAGUAAAGUUAUUAACAUUAAUAAUAGGGUACAAUUUUUAUUGACUUUGGAUAUAAUAGAUAGAUAAGCAAAGAAUAUGUAGAAUUAUAUUACUUAUGAAUUACAUUAUUUGUGAAUAAACACAAUACUACAUAUUUCUCUGACUGUCGUUUGUAUGUUAUAUUACAAUCAAAUAUUAGUGCAAAUUUCAUUUUCAAUCAUCAAUUCUUAACUCAUGAAUUAGAAGAACUGGCAUUUCUCAUUAAUGAUCGUUACAUAAUUAUCAUUUUGAAUUUAUAAAAUUAAUAAAAUAGAAACAAACAGAAACUUUGACAGUGAAAAGCAUUCUUUUAAAGCUACAUUACAUGUGUAUUGUAAAAACUUGAUAUAAAAAUCUUAUUACAAAGUACCUGGUAGAUACAAUCGAAUUGUUCGAUUGGAAGCCACAAGGAAUUUACUAAUAUUGUUGCACAAUAUGUGUUAUGUAUCAAUUUGGCUAUAUUGAUUUAAAAUUUAAAUGCACUUUUUCAUGAUAACUUUGUCAUGAUUUUCAUCAGAUAUAAAAUAAUUUGCUUAAAUUUAAAAUGAACUUUAAUUUUUAAACAAUUCGUUAUUGACGUUUUUCUUUUUGGAUUAUGAAUAAAAGUUUGAUGAAUAAUUAUUUAAUAAAAAAUGAUGCAUUACGUGCUCUUUUCUAAUAUGUUUCUUAAUUUGCUUGCAUUGAUAGUAAAAUCCUUGCCUAUUUACGAAUUAAUCUUUCGUGCAUCAGUUAUUUUGAUCAUAUCAAAUAUUAAUUCGAUCAUAGAUGUGUAAGUACAAUGAAAUGCUCUGUUUUACAUACAAUUUCUAUUGCGCUUUAAUGCUGUUUUACACUUAGGAGGAAUUAGGAAUUUCUAAUAAGUUGAAUAAUUGAAAAACCUUAAUUGUUGAACAACUGACAUUCUGAAUUAAUAUAUAAUGCAAUUAAAUGCAUCUUUCAUUUAGUCAUAUUAAAGACUGGUAAAUAUUACAAUAUUCAAUGUUACAUGCUUUGAAGUAUCGUGGGAGUUUAGAAGCGUUUAUUCUGCUUGUUCUUUAACUCAGGAGGAGACAUAUUAUUGUAAUGAAACGUAGUGCUUACUCAAUCUGCAAUAAUUUUUUAAAAAUGUAAAUGUGUAGUUAAUAUAAUAUAUUAUAUGCAAGUGACAUAUUUGUAAAAAGUAUAAGAAAUUAUAAAUAACAGUAAUGGAAUAUUAUGCAUGUACUUUAUCUGCUCUUAAAGUGACUUUUCCUGAGUUAAAUAUCUUACGAAUAAACAAAUAGAUUGACUAUUAAAGAUUUUUUAAACACGCAUUAAACAAACAAGAAUUAUUCAGGCUAAGAUUUUGAUGAAAUUAACAAGUUUUUUUAUAAAAGGUUCCUCUUACUUGUUCUGCACGAUCGUUUAUUACUUUAUAUGCACACAUAUAUAAUUAUAAGUUAACGUUUAUACACAUUAUAAAUGAUACAGUUUGGCUAUAAAAUAGCUUGUGUAAAAAUCGAUACACAGUGUAAGUGUAAAACAAACACGCAUUGAUCAAAGAUAUCACAGUUGAUAUAGGCAUAUCGUAGACUGUAAAAAAAAAUGGGGAUGAAUGUACAUUGUGCAUAAAAAGGCCUAAUAAUAUUCUGACAAUUCUUUACAAUUUCUAGUCAUUAACAGAACAAGCAAGAGGAUAAUGACCUUUUUUUUAUUAGCAGAUUUGAAUAGUGCCAAAAGGGAGUAUACACAUAAAAUUGCAUAUGUUUAUGUAUUUAUUUGUACUUAAGUAAUACAUACACAAGAAUCAGGAGCAUGUACUUUCAUAAUCUUUAUUAUAUAUUGUUGACAUGAACCGUGGUAAAUCUCCAAUUAUUAAUACUGCCAUUACAAUCUGGUUAUAUAAAAAAUUAUUAUAAUUGCUGAAAAAUUAAUAUAAGUAUUUAUGUGCAUGCAUAAGUUCAUGAGGUGUUUAAAUUUUUAUACAAAUUCUCACUUUUUUCUUUAAAAUAAAAUACAUGGAAAUUGUGAUGAGAUAUGGAAUUCGUAAAAAUCUUGAAUUACACAAGAAAAUUAAUGUCAUUAGUUAAUUUAAGUUUUAUUUAAGAAAUUAGAAUUAUAACGAAUAUUUGGACUUCUACAUAUCGAAUAGUAGAUAGCUAUAUUAAUUAUAAAAUCAUUAUCUUGUAUUUUUUUAGAAUUAGUCAAGUGUGAGUAAUAAGUUAUUGAAACUCAUUAUUACUGUUUUGUAAAAUAGUAUCUACUGUUAUAGAAAACUAUAGUUUUUUCAAACAAAGAGAAAAGCCAUUGAUAAAACUUGAUUCCUUUAUGUUUUCCUACAAAAUCUUUAAAAACAACUAUUUUCAUUGUUUUAUAAAAAUUUACACUUAUUUAAAAAUUCAUUGGUUUUAGUCAUUUAUAAUAAAAAAAUAAUAUUAUUGAAUAAGUUAAUAUAUUUACAAAUUUAUAAGCAACAUUACCAGCAUACAUAUAUAAUUCUAUUAAAUUCUAUAAAUAGUUCUAACAUUAGUUCAUGAUUCUUAACAGUACCUUAAAAGCAUUCCAGUCAAUAUUACAUCGGUAUGCGUCGAAAAUGAAUAAAAUUUUAAUCCGAGACAAUUCUUGUAUAUUUUAUGUAAAAUUUCUCUAUUUUUUAUUAAUAUUCACAAUUGAACACGUAAAAAAAAUGGGGUUGUAUAAUUUUUAAUAUUUGAUGAACACACAAA